UUAAAAGAAAGAGACUUUUAUAAAUAAAAAGAUAUCUGUCGAUUGAUAUAUAACAAUAUUUGAAGAUGUUUAAAGAAGAGAUAAUAUUUUGGGUAAAAUACAAAAAUCAAAACUGAAUAUUGCAAUAAAGUUGCGUAAAUAUUGCAAUGAAAUUGCACUGUAGAAGUAUUACAAAAUAAUAUUAUAAAGCAUACUAUUAAAGCAAAUUUGUGGAAAGCAAUGUCUUUAUUAAUUGAUGCAAAACCAUCUGCCUUAAGCAGUAAUGUAAGUGAAGAUGUAUUAAACAAAGACAUUUUAUUGAAAAUAGAAAAUGACCUUAGCAUCGACGAGAAAAUAUCUAUUUUAUUUUUGAUGAUAACUGAUUAUCAACAUAGCUUUAGAGAAAUUUGUGAUUUAUUAGAAAACUAUAAAGAUCACAAAGUUUAUAUACUUACAGAAUUUAUAAAUAAAUAUCCUGAAAAUUGGAAAAAUAAAUUAUUGGAAUCUAUAUGUAUUAUAAAAAAUAGGCAAAUUAUACGAAAGUUGGGAAUAUCAUUUGAAGAUUUGGAUUUAUUUUAUCUGCCAAAAAAUGGAUCAUAUUCCAAAUACUUAAAUUUAAUUGCAAAAAGUCUAUAUUUAUUAUGUGAAGCUCUUUCUGAAGAUAAAAUCAAAUUAUUACUGCAAUAUGUUAGAACUGAUUUAACUGCAUAUGAAGAAUAUUUAAAAGAUAUAGAUUUUCUUGAAUUACAUAUGUUAUAUUGGAUGCAAGUAAAUUAUAUUUCAAUAUAUUCAGAUGGUAAGGCCAAACUUAAGAAUUUGCUUAAACAUUUAAAGAUUUUCAAAGAUUUAGAGCAUAUUUAUGAAGAUCUGAAAAAAUAUGAAAAUCAUCAAAAUGUGUUAGAUACACAGCGUACAAAUUCUACUAAUAUAUCUCAUAUACAAACGUUUUCCAUGAGAGAAGAAGAAUCUGUGUUGUCAGAUGUGGAAGGAGAAGAUAUAAGAAAACUAAACAAUGGCCUUUGUAUUAUUAUAAGCCAAAUGCGUUUUUCAGGUCAACAGUUUGAAACCAGAUUUGGAACUGUAGCUGAUCGUAUGAAAUUAUCAGAAACAUUCCAAAAAUUUGGUUUUACCAUUGAGGUGUUUGAGAAUUUAACCAAAGAUGAAAUACUUACAACAUUAGAAAAUAUUCCAAAAGACUUUGGUACUGAUUAUGACUGCAUUUUUGUAUGCAUUUUAAGUCAUGGUUGUAAAGGUGGUAUUAUUAGUGCAGAUGAAAAAGAAGUUAGCAUUGAAGCAAUAGAGCAUAAAUUUUGUUGUACAAAAUUAAAGGAUGUUAUUAAAGUAGUUAUUAUACAGGCUUGUCAGGGAAAGGUGACAGGACAAAUAAAUGACGAUGAAGUAACUCAUUUAGUUACAGAUGGUCCUUUAAAUUGUGAAGUUUCAAGUAUUUUACCAUACAAAAAUUUCUGUAUAUUUAUGUCAACUAUGCAAGGUUUCAUAUCUGUUCGUCAUAAAGAAGAAGGAUCUUGGUUUAUACAAGAAUUUUGUAAUAUUUUACAAAAUGGAGGAAAUAAAAUUACAUUCCUGAAGGCUAUUAGAAAAACAAUUCAGUCGGUAAUGAAGAAGAAAGGAAAAUUAAAUGGAACAAAUUCCAUUGCUCAAUUACCUGAAUUGAAAACAUGCAGAUUACUUACAGAUUUUCAGUUACCAGAUUAUCGAGCAGAUAUAUAAAAAAAGGAAAGACAAUAUUAUUGCCUUCAAUGUACAAAAUUAAUAAAAUAGAAUAAUAAAUAAUA